UAUUAUCUUAGGGGUGCCUGGUUUUAGGUAUGUGCUAGUUGGCAGCUAGCUUACGAUUUUGCAUGUAGAAGCUUCUAAAAGCCCCCCGAUUGAAAGGCCGCUACGUACUCCCUCCACUAUUUUUUUUUUUUUUUUUUUUUAAACAAAAACGACAUCACCACUUAUUAUCUCUUGAUUCUUACUAAUCCAUUUUUUAUCCCUUUUAAACUUCCGUCAAUCCUGCACCUUAUUGCGCAAUUACGGUUACUACCUACACCCAAGGGUUGCAUACUAUGAUCUUUGUCAUCCGAAACUCAACUUAACGCGGUCAUGCGAUUCCGUGACCACUCCCAGCAAGUCCUCCAAUUGACCGGGUCCUUCACGGGCUAUCGGCCUAUUCACGAACUUGGCAACGGUUAUCUUAGCGCAACCAAAUACUUCAAACAGCCAUUAUGCGGUAACGAAGAAGGAUGGGGUCCUCUGAGCCCUUUUCGCUAUGAUUUUACGCCCUGCUUCAUCGAUAUAUGGGUUUUCGCCGUCGCCGUCUUCGGUAUUUUCGGAGGAGCUUUGGCGGUGUGGUAUAUCUUGAGGAAGCGGAAGCCUACUGAAGUUUCUAAGGAUUGGCAUUUCUGGCUUAAACAGUCGCUCCUAGUUCUCAUCAUCGCCGACGUCGCCGUCCAGCUCGUUAUUCAGAUCAUCCACUUUCCUGCAAUAUGGCACGGCGAUUUUCGCGUCCUUACUACAGUUGCUACCAUCUUAUCUCUCGGUGUCAUUUUCGCAAUCCAAUGGCUUGAACACGAUCGCAUGAGGAAUGCUAAUGGUGUUGCUCUGUUUUACUGGUUACUCCUCCUGAUCGCGUAUGCUGUCAAGCUAAGAUCCUUGAUUUCUCAGCAGAUAUACGACAACAACCUGCCAUACUUUGUUGCAUACACUGUCGGAUUUGGCCUAUCUGUUAUUGAAUUCGCAAUCGAAUGGCUUUGGCCCAAAAAGACUAGCACGUACGAAGCCUUGGUUGAUGAAGAGGGCGAGGAAUGUCCUGUAGAAUAUUCAACUGUAUUUUCUCGUCUCGCCUUUUCGUGGAUGACUCCAUUGAUGAGGCAUGGAUACAAGCAAUAUCUUACGGAAGAAGAUCUUUGGGGACUCUCCCUUAACGACAAGACCUCUGUGACAGGAGAUAGGUUUGAAAAAGCAUGGAAAUAUCAGCUAGAACACAAAAGCCGUCCUAAUCUAUGGAUCGCCUUAUUUCAAGCUUACGGCGGACCUUAUAUGCUUGCUGCCGUGUUCAAAGCUGUCAAUGACCUAGCAGCUUUCUCUCAGCCGCAGCUUUUACGUUACCUCAUUAGCUUCGUCGAUUCUUAUAGCGAGGGAAAGGAGCCUCAGCCGCCUGUUAAGGGUGCCGCUAUCGCUAUCGCUAUGUUUUUUGUCGCGUGCAUACAGACUAGCAUGAUUGCCCAAUAUUUCCAGCUUGCCUUCACAACCGGUAUGCAUAUCAAGUCGGGUCUAGCUUCCGCUAUCUACAAAAAGUCACUGAAGCUCUCUAACGAGGCGCGAUCUACGAAAACAACCGGCGAUAUCGUCAACUAUAUGGCGGUCGACGCACAGCGUCUUCAAGAUCUGACCCAAUUCGCGCAGCAACUUUGGUCCGCUCCCUUCCAGAUUACGCUUUGCAUGAUUUCACUGUACCAACUUGUGGGCUGGUCUAUGCUCUCUGGCAUUGCCGUCAUGAUCAUCAUGAUUCCUAUUAAUGGUUUUAUCGCAAGAUAUAUGAAGCGCUUACAGAAGAGUCAGAUGAAGAAUAAGGAUGCGAGGAGCCGUCUAAUUGCUGAAAUCAUCAACAAUAUGAAGAGCAUCAAGCUCUAUGCUUGGAGCACGGCUUUCAUGAACAAACUGAACUUUGUUAGGAAUGAUCUCGAGCUAAAGAACCUCCGCAAGAUUGGUGCCGGUCAGGCAAUUGCCAAUUUCACCUGGUCCACCACUCCAUUUCUGGUUUCAUGUUCAACCUUCGCAGUUUUCGUAUGGACACGAGAUGUUCCACUGACGACCGAGAUUGUGUUCCCUGCUCUAGCAUUGUUCAAUCUUCUUACCUUCCCACUUGCUAUCCUACCCAUGGUCAUCACCUCCAUUAUCGAAGCUAGCGUCGCUGUCGGCCGCCUGACAGACUAUUUAACUGCGGAAGAGAUCCAACCCGAUGCCAUCGUCGUUGGCCCACCGGCCGAAGAGGUGGGCGAUGAUGCAGUCGUUAUUCGCAAUGCAACAUUCUCAUGGAACCGUCACGAGGCGAAGAACGUUCUUCGAAAUAUCGAAUUCAGCAGUCGCAAGGGGGAGCUUACAUGCGUGGUUGGCCGAGUGGGCUCUGGAAAGUCGUCCCUCCUGCAAAGUAUCUUGGGCGAUUUGUGGAAGAUCGAAGGUGAAGUGCGCGUUCAAGGUUCGAUAGCGUACGUUGCCCAGCAGCAGUGGAUUAUGAAUGCAACUGUAAAGGAGAACAUCAUAUUUGGGCACCGAUACGACUCCAAUUUCUACGAAAGGACUGUCAAGGCAUGUGCACUACUCGCUGAUUUUGCACAAUUACCUGACGGGGAUGACACUGUCGUUGGUGAGAGAGGUAUUUCUCUAAGUGGUGGACAAAAGGCUCGAGUUGCUCUGGCGCGAGCAGUAUAUGCGCGGGCUGAUAUCUACCUCCUUGAUGAUUGCUUGUCUGCUGUAGAUUCUCACGUGGGAAGACAUAUUAUCGAUCAUGUACUAGGUCCGAAAGGUCUCCUCAGUUCCAAAUGCAGAAUUUUGGCUACCAAUACUAUCUCAGUCCUCCCCGAAGCUGAUUACAUAUAUCAGCUUAAAGAUGGUGAGAUUGUCGAGAGCGGUACCUUCCGUCAGUUGGUAGCCAUGAAAGGGGGCAUUGCAGAGCUUGUAAGGUCUUCGGGUCAAGAAUCUGGAACAGCGUCUUCAUCGUCUACCCCUGAAGGUUCGGGAAGUGAGACGUCUACGUAUAUCGAACCAGAUAAUAAUCAGGACAAGGAAGAGAUCGAAGAAGCUCAGGAAGGCCUUGCUGAAUUGGCACCCAUUAAGACUGGACCUUCUGCAAGCUCGACAGCACAGAAGCGAAGAGGCAGUUUGGCGACUCUAAGGCGCGCAAGUGCGGCUAGUUUUAGAGGUCCCAGAGGCAAACUCGGUGAUGAGGAGAACUCUAACUAUAAGACAAAGCAAGCUAAGGAGCACUCGGAGCAGGGCAAAGUGAAAUGGGAUGUCUACAAGGAAUAUGCAAAGACCAGCAACCUAGUUGCUGUGGGCGUAUAUCUCUUCACUUUGAUUGCGGCCCAAACGGCGCAGAUCGGUGGAAACUUUUGGUUGAAAGACUGGUCAGAUAUGAAUGGAAAAGCCGGCCAUAACCCUCAUGUUGGAAAAUACCUAGGCAUUUACUUUGCUUUUGGUGUCGGCUCAUCCGCGCUCACUGUCAUUCAAACUUUGAUCCUAUGGAUAUUCUGUUCUAUUGAAGCUUCGAGAAAACUUCACGAGAGAAUGGCAACCGCCAUCUUCAGGUCGCCAAUGUCAUUCUUUGACACCACGCCAGCAGGCCGAAUUUUAAACCGCUUCUCUAGCGAUGUUUAUAAGCUGGAUGAGGUCUUGGCCAGAACGUUCAACAUGCUCUUUGUGAAUCUAGCUCGGUCGGGGUUUACUCUAAUCGUCAUAUCCGUCGGCACCCCCGCGUUCGUUGCAUUAAUCAUACCGCUGAGCUUCAUAUACUGUUGGGUGCAACGAUACUAUCUCAGAACAUCACGAGAACUUAAGCGAUUGGAUAGUGUCAGCCGCAGUCCCAUCUAUGCACACUUCCAGGAGUCACUUGGUGGCAUCAGCACUAUUCGGGCGUACCGACAGCAGGAGCGUUUUGAGCUAGAGAAUGAAUGGCGUGUUGACUCAAAUUUGCGAGCCUACUUCCCAUCUAUCAGCUCAAACAGAUGGUUAGCGAUCCGAUUAGAGUUCCUCGGAGCCAUCAUCAUCCUCGGAGCUGCAGGAUUCUCUAUUAUCUCCGUUACAAGCCAUAGCGGUUUGACGCCUGGAAUGGUGGGCCUGAUUAUGUCGUACGCCCUACAGAUCACAACGUCACUAAAUUGGAUCGUCCGCCAAACGGUGGAAGUGGAGACGAAUAUCGUAUCUGUGGAACGAGUCCUCGAGUAUGCACGUCUCCCUAGCGAAGCCCCCGAGAUCAUCCCUGGGCACAGGCCUCCCGUUGCUUGGCCCGCGAAUGGAGCUGUUAAGUUCCACAACUUCAGUACUCGCUAUCGCCCAGGCUUAGACCUAGUACUAAAGAAUAUUAACCUGGAUAUUAAGUCUCGUGAGAAGAUAGGUGUGGUUGGAAGAACAGGAGCUGGAAAGUCUUCCUUGACCUUAUCGCUCUUCAGAUUAAUUGAACCGGACUCUGGACAUAUAAGCAUAGAUGAUCUCAACACCUCUACCAUUGGAUUAUUAGACUUGCGACGACGUCUUGCCAUCAUCCCCCAAGAUGCAGCUCUGUUCGAAGGUACAGUUCGGGACAACUUGGAUCCAGGCCAUGUCCAUGACGAUACGGAGCUUUGGAGCGUUCUAGGUGAGUAGUUACAUUAAUCCCACCCACUCCCAUUCGCGCCGCAGGGCGGAGAGAACACAUGUGCCCGCGUU